AUGUAUGUGGACCUGAACUUAAAAUUUUCGUCAGUAAGGAAGGCGAAAGCGCUGAUAGCCAAGGCGCUCAACGUGGGGUUCAGCAUCGUAGCGGUGAGUGUACAAUAUGAGGCAGAGAAUAAGGCCAUUUUAUCAGAAUCUUUCAAUGUAGUAAAUUGCUUCGUUAGUAAUGAAAAAAGUUUGGAGAAAACGAAUGGGAAGAGCUCCUCUAGGAAUUAUUUCGUUGACCGACUUGAUGAGGAAGAAGAACUACGUGAGCAGCUCGUCCAGAUGAGUUCCAACAAUGAGGGGAACUACAUUUUCGUAAACCGACCCAACACAUUAAGCAUUAAAAAUAUAUGUGAUGAUUUUAUAAUGCGUGGGAAUCACCAAGUGCCAAACAAGGAAGACCUGGCCAAAUUAACGGACCAGUUAAUGGGUACCACUGGUAUGCUCAGUACGCAUGAAGGGCUCACCCUCACGAACAAUACAAACACAUACAUACUGAAGAGACUUAAUAUAAAAUAUGAAGAUGCAGUGAAGAUGGAAAACUACAACAAGUAUGUGAAGGACAACAACUUCGACCUUGUUGCCAUCGAAGUUAGCUCGGUAGAUGAGAUAAAUUGUGUGGCCACGAAAUUUGACUGUGACAUCAUAUUUUUUAACAUGAAUAAAUCUUUUGCACAAAUGAAAAAGUCCGAUAUACAGACUGCACUAGAUAGAGGAAUCUUCUUCGAAAUAUCUUCCCUUACCACUGCAAGUGAAGAUUCCCAUUAUUAUCAUUUAGCUUUAAAUAUCCGUAGCCUCUUCUCGACCGUCCCUUUUGGAAGAAUCAUCGCAUCCUCGGGGGCGUUCACCGAAUUGGAUGUCGUAGAACCCCUCAAUUUGCUAAGACUCUUCUUUAACUUCCACAAAAUUUCCUACAAAGAUCUAAUCGGGUGCAUCACCACUGUGCCCAUUGCCUGUGUGCAGCGGGCCUCCGUGCGGAAGUCACUCAACACGGCUGUGUUUCAGAGGUAG